AUAUCAGUUUUGAGCCUUUACUGGUUUUCUUGGUGGCAGCCGGGUGCAUGCGAUUUAUCUUUCCUAUGUCAUUCACUAUACUUUUAUGCCUUUUUUUUACUUUUCGAGGAAUUGGGACAGAUGAUACAGCUGCACUGUGGAAUGUGUCUGCCCAUAAGGAAGUGAGACUGCUCCUCCCUGCUCCAGCCCAGUGUACAACCUCUGCACCUUACUCCGUAUUCCGCCUCUUACAUGGAACAAGACAGGACGUCUGGAUGAGCCCAGCGCCCGAAAAACACCUCCAUUAAGGUAUUUUGCUUUUUGACAUAUUUCCACCAUGUCUGAAGAUGAAGAUGAGGAGUGUUGGAAUCAACUGGAUUCUUUCCGGGUUAAGCUGAUCACCGUUAUUGAUCCUAACCGCAUAACACCGUACCUCCGCCAGUGCCGCGUUCUUAACAGUGAUGAUGAAGAGAAAGUGUUCAAUGACCCCAGCCUGGUCAUCCGCAAGAGGAAAGUGGGUGUGUUGCUGGAUAUUCUCCAGAAAACUGGUUGUAAAGGAUACAACGCAUUCCUUGAAAGUCUUGAACUGUAUUAUCCUCACUUAUACAUGAAGAUCACUGGAAAAGAGCCCACACGUGUUUUCUCUAUGAUCAUAGACACAGCAGGUGAAUCCAGCCUGACCCAGCUCCUCAUGAAUGAAAUGUUAAAACUUCAGAAGACCAUUCAGGAGGAGAGGCAGAGAUACAAAGAGUUGCAGGAUGUAGUCCAGGAGAAGGAUGAUAUCAUUCGCAAAGUGCAGGUCAAGGACAGCGAGCUGAAGAAACACCAGGAGAGGGUCCUCAAGAUGAAAGAGGAGGUGGACAACUUAAACAAGGAACUCAAGAGGUGCAAGGAUGAGAACUAUGACCUGGCCAUGAAGUACGCCCGACAGAGCGAUGAGAGAAACACUGCACUCAUGAAGAGCCGAGAGUUCCAGCUUGAGAUCGAGAAGCUGAAACACAACCUGAUGAGGAUAGAGGAUGACUGGAAGCUGGAGAGGAAGCAAACAAUAAAGCUAAAACAUGCAAUAGAAAAGCGACCGAGUCAGGACGUCAUCUAUGAACUGCAGAGAGAAAACGAUCUUCUGAAAGCCAAACUACAGGAGCUAGAAAAGAAUUCGUGUUAUAUAAAGGGGGAAAAGACAAAAUUUUACAUACAGGACCUACAGAAUGAUCGCAGGCAGGCCCUGGAGCAGCAUCAGGAAUCAGUCAAUAACCUCUACACCCUGAAGCUGAGCCUGAGACAAGCUGAGGACCUCCGAGAUAAGUACUUGGAAGAGAAGGAGGUUCUAGAACUGCAAUGUACAACGCUAAAGAAAGACUCAAAAAUGUACAAAGAACGCAUUGAAGCUAUACUACAGCAGCUGGAGGAGGUGUGCAGUGAGCGGAACCAGGCCAUUGCAACAAGAGAACAGUUCUAUGCGCAGUAUACCAAAUGUCUGACAGAGAAGGACUUGUACAGAAAGCAGAUGCGAGAACUUGGGGAAAAAUGUGAUGACCUUCAAAUCCAGCUGUUCAGGAACGAGGGAAAAUUGUUAGCUCUGGAGACUAAGCUGAAAAGGAUGGAUUCGCCACCACUGUCCUCUGAUGCAGAUGAACUUUCCUCCCGAAGUUCCCAGGAAAUCAACGUGCAAAAUUUCAACAUUGAACAGCCAUCGACGACUAAUCAUAAGGAACCCCCAAGAGAGGACCACAAGGAACCACAAGACCCUGAUCCAUCAUCCACAACACAUGACAAUAAACACUGCCUAGAGAACGGAGCCCAAGUGAAAUCAAAAAGAAGGGUUUCAAACGGUGCUGAUCGUGGCCGCAGACAAGGAAUCCUAAGAAAAAAAACAUCCUCCCAGCUAGAAAUGGAAUACUACACAUCAGAAAGCGAGACCGAUGGGACAUCAUAGGACCAGCUCCAAGUCUCAUUAUGACCAGUCCAAUGGUGGAGACCUCCAUGUACAGCACUGAGAACAGUAGCUCGAGAACAUAGUUUCCUAGCUGCCAAGUCUGCUUUUUCUCCUGAUUUGUGCCCUUAGGUAAAGUGUAAUUUUAAGGGGAUAUACAAGAUUAGAAAAAUACAGUUGCUGUCUUCCGGAAACAGCACCACACCUGUCAGCAGGUUAAUGUGGUAUCGCUCCAUUGAAGUGAAGGGGAGUACAUAAUACCACAUACAUCCUGCCUAAGAAUUGAGCCAUGUUGUUCCAGUCGUGUCCAACCGUGUAAGUUUGUCCAAUGCUUAGGGUAGUAAAGUGGAAAAUUUGCCACCCAAGCACUCUCCACUGCCCCAAUACUGUCAUAAAAAACCUAGGAAUGGAACAUGGCACAACAUACCUGACUGGGAAUCUGAAUGCAGAUACCUCACUCUAUUUUACUGCCACUCUGCUACCAGAUGGAUGGUCAUACACGGGUUUCCAGGUUACCACUACCAACAAUACCUGCUAUCAGGCUCACAUUGAUAACCCAGCCUUGUGGAUUCAUGGAAUUGAGGGCUGAAUAUCAUUUUAGACCCUUCUCGUUGCUGUCUUUUUCGCAAGGCCUCCGUUUGAUAAGAUGACAUUCAAAGACUAAGAAACUAAGAAUGAAAAACUGACUGGUCAUAUACAGUAGUACCCACCGAUAUCAGUGACACUGGGUGACCAUCUCAUGUGUUUCCUCAACUAAUGAGCCUCUUGCCUCUUCCGACAGAUGAUGUCAGGGGAGAGAAGGAUCAGACAUUUCGAUUUUAACAUUUCCGAUCCUUUUGUUCUCAGGGAGAUAAGCCACUGUAUAGAAGCCUGACAAUGCUCUGAGUCAACCGUAUAGAAAUACAGUGUUUGUUAGAAAGUCUAUUCCUAGCAACCAGUCUGUCAGUCUGUCAGCUAGGAAUUAGAUCAAUAAUAGAAUAAAUCCCGACACUCCCAAAUUUUCAUGCAAAUCUUAUUCUCUUUAAGGGAGAUUUCCAUAGAAAAUUAAAGGGGUACUCCACUGGAAAACUUUUUAUAUAUAUAUUUUUUUUAAUCAACUGGUGCCAGAAAGUUAAACACAUUUGUAAAUUACUUCAAUUAAAAAAUCCUAAUCCUUCCAGUACUUAUCAGUUGCUGUAUGCUCCACAGGAAGUUCUUUUUUUAUUGAAUUUCCUUUCUGUCUGACCACAGUGCUCUCUGCUGACACCUCUGUCCAUGUCAGAAACUGUCCAGAGAAGGAUAGGUUUGCUAAGGGGAUUUUCGCUGGAGUUCUCCUUUAAGCAAAAGUAAAAUACAAUAUGAAUGCUCUGGCAUAGUAGCCA